CUCCAUGUAUCAUGAGUAGGGGUAGGUGAGCAGAGAAGGCGUGGGCCCGGAGAGAGUCAGAGAGAGAGAGAGAGAGGAGCGAGGACGCAGAGAGGAGCUGACGGAGCAUUAAUGAGAUACUGGCCGGUUAGAGUUACAGGGAUGCAGUUUUAGCCAUAUUCCACCACUGCUUUCAGGCUUGAUCUGUGGACUUGAAAAACGCCAAUAAACUGGGGGCAGUUUCACCAUUUUUGUUUUUUUUUUAAAACAAACUUUAGCGGAUUAAUUUAUUCUCCAAAAAUGGGCUUGGAACGAUUUCGCGUAAAGACGCCGGGGAUAGGAGCGCUGCUCGCCCGCUCUCUCCUUUGUAUCAUCGGGCUAUUAUUCACUUUUUCUCCGCCUGUCUGCGAGGCGUUCAACUUGGACGUGGAGAACCCAGCUGUUUACAGCGGACCUGAAGGGAGCUACUUCGGAUAUGCUGUUGACUUUUAUUUGGCUGAUUCUUCCAGUGCGAGCGUCCUGAUAGGAGCUCCGAAGGCCAACACAAGGCAGGUUAACGUUACAGAAGGAGGAGCCGUCUUCUACUGCCCGUGGAGCCUCAGCCAAACAGAUUGCCACACCAUCGAGUUUGAUACUGAAGGUGAUCGCCCUGUCACCCUGAACGAAACACAAUAUCAGGGUGAUUUCAAGUCCCACCAAUGGUUCGGUGCCACCGUGCGUUCUCACAAUGACACGAUUCUGGCUUGCGCCCCUCUCUAUUCCUGGCGAACUGAGAAGGAUGCCCGCCUUACUGACCCUACAGGAACCUGCUACCUCUCAAUCUAUAAUUUCACUAGAUUUGUGGAGUACGCUCCUUGCCGCACAGAGAUCAGUACUGAGGAGGGACAAGGUUACUGCCAAGGAGGAUUCAGCGCUGACUUCACAACGGACGGCAAAGUGGUGUUGGGAGGGCCAGGCAGCUACUAUUGGCAAGGUCAGGUGAUCUCUGCAAGUAAGGAGGACAUCAUCAAAGCCUACUACCCAGGCUAUUUUAUACAGUCUGUUGAGAGACAGAUCCAGACGAAACAAAUUCGUUCCGUACAUGAUGACAGCUACCAAGGCUACUCUGUUGCUGUUGGGGAAUUCAGUGGUGAUCAGGUAGAAGAUUUUGUGGCCGGCGUUCCAAAAAAACAAAAGAUGCUUUAUGGUUCGGUGUACAUUCUGAACGGUACAGAUCUGAGCACCAUGAUUGAAUACAAUGGCGAACAGAUGGGAUCAUAUUUUGGCUCUGCAGUAGCAACGGCUGAUAUCAACAGUGAUGGGAUGGUUGACCUGCUGGUGGGAGCACCCAUGUUCAUGGUCCGGGGCUCCGAUGGCCGCCUGGAAGAGAUGGGCCGAGUUUAUGUUUACCUACAGCGUAGCCCUCUGGACCUGGAGCUCCGCCAACCUCAUCUGACAGGCACCCAGGUCUUUGGGAGAUUUGGGAGCACCAUUGCACCAUUGGGAGAUCUGAACCAAGAUGGAUUCAAUGAUGUGGCCAUCAGCUGUCCAUAUGGAGGAGAGGAUCAACAAGGACUGGUCUACAUCUUUAAUGGAUACUCAGAUGGACUCAGGGAAAAGCCAUCUCAGGUUAUCACUGGCCAGUGGGCUGCUGGAACUAUUCCUGCCAGCUUUGGAUUUUCCCUCAGAGGUGCUAAGGAUUUGGACAUGAAUGGAUACCCAGAUCUCAUAGUUGGUGCUUUUGGUGUCAAUAAGGCAGUUCUCUACAGAUCCCGCCCAAUAGUUAACGCCAGUGGCUUUCUGACAGUUCACCCCACCAUGAUCAACCCUGAAGAGAAGAACUGCAUGGUCACCAGUGGAAACACCAGCAUUCCUGUUUCCUGUGUCAACCUGAGUUUCUGCAUAUCUGCUGAUGGGAAGCACCUACCAGGCAGCCUAGAUUUCCAGGUGGAGGUGCAGCUCGACAGUCAUAAGCACAAGCAGAAAGGGGCAGUAAAGAGGGCUUUGUUCUUGGAUUCCCAGCAGCCCUUGCUCCAGAAGAGUGUGAUAGUGCGUCACGGCGAGCGUGUAUGCGACAACACCAAGAUCUACCUAAAAGAAGAGAAAGACUUCAGGGAUAAACUCUCCUCCAUUUAUGUGGCCUUGAACUUCAGCCUGGAUCCAAAAGCUGCAGCUGACUCCCACGGCCUGCGGCCCAUUCUCAACUAUCAGACCACCAACGUGAUUGAACAGAAGGCUCAGAUUCUGCUGGACUGUGGUGAGGACAACAUCUGUGUUCCUGAUUUGAAGCUGGCAGUCCACGGGAACAGGAAGGAAGUCUACUUGGGUGAUGACAACUCGCUAACCUUGACUUUCAACGCCAGGAAUGAGGGUGAGGGUGGAGCGUACGAGGCAGAGCUGUAUGUGGUGCUGCCCCCCGAAGCUGACUACAGCGGUAUUGCCCGCAAUAAUGAGAGCCUGACCCAGCUGACCUGCAGCUAUGAGACAGAGAACCAGACCCGAUACCUCAGCUGUGAUUUGGGCAACCCGAUGAAGUCUGGCACCAAUCUGUGGGCAGGUCUGCGCUUCACAGUGCCAAGGCUGAAGGACCAGCACAAAACUGUUCAGUUUGAGCUGCAGAUCCGCAGUAAAAAUGAGAAUAAUUCCCACAGUGAGGUUGUACCCUACAAGCUGGAGGUGGUUGUUCAGGCUGAUGUCAUUCUACAGGGUGUGUCUCGACCAGAUAAGGUCUUCUUCCCGCCGGCCAACUGGAAGGUGACCAAGAGCUAUGGGGUGGAGCAGGAUGUCGGGCCUGCAGUGGAGCACAUCUAUGAGCUGGUGAACAACGGGCCCAGUCGGAUCAGCCACACCCUACUCGAGCUUCGCUGCCCCCUCCGCGUCCAGGGCCACAAUCUCCUUUACCCCCUGGAGUUCUCCACAGAAGGCCCCAUCAACUGCACCUCAGACAAAAACAUGAACCACCUGCACCUCAAACUCCAGCGCACAUCCACGGAUCCACCUAUACUGGCGCUGAAGGCAAAUGAGCACCAUGUUGAGAGGAGGGACGUCCACAAGAAUCAACUGGCCCAUUUGACUAACCUGUCCUGUUCGAAUACGGAGUGCUGGAUGCUCCAGUGUAACGUGGGCUUGCUGGAGAAGGGGACUACUGCUAUCGUCAAAGUGCACUCCCGCAUCUGGGCCGAGACCUUCAUUGAGAGAACUUACAAGCAAUAUGUGCUGGAGUGCCUGGCCAGAUACAGCGUGAAGAAGAUGCCUUACGCCAUCCUACCCAAAUAUUCUCCCAGUGGACAGAAAAAGGUGGUGACACCAGUGGUGUGGAACAAGCCAGAUAUUGAAAACUCAGUCCCUCUGUGGAUCAUCAUCUUGGCCAUUCUGGCUGGUUUACUGCUUCUGGCUCUACUCAUCUACGUCCUAUACAAGUUUGGUUUCUUCAAGCGAUCUUUACCUUACGGCACUGCCAUGGAGAAGGCACAACUCAAACCACAGGCUGCCUCUGAGGCCUAGAUGACAAUCAGAGGUACCACAACCAUGUAGUACCUGGCCAUAUGAUUGCAACGGAGAAACCCGAUGGAACAUGUAGAGCGGAUCAGAAAGCGGUUAAGCGAAAGAGAGACCACUGGAACUCCAUUGUGCUGCACUAGAUGAAAACAAAAAUCCAAAGAUCUCCAAGCCAAAUGAAUGUUUUUUUUUCUUUUUUAAUUUAUGUCUUGUUAGUUGGCAGGUUGGGAUUAUUACUAAAUCGAACUUUUUCUCAGUGCCUCGAGGCUAACACGAGACUGAAAGUGACUGCAAGAGAAGUGCAGGCUACCGUCAGCCUGCAGAUACAGUGAGAUGUCGGUUGGGUUUCCUUUUGUUGGAUUGUUGCGACGGAGAGUUUUGUGUUACCCAGUUCACUGCCUUAUUUUGGUGCUUAUGUGUUCACUGCCUCUGACAGGAUAUAGCCACAUGUAGCGUAUGGCACGCAGGAGCUGUGAAUUACGCCGCCUGCCGAGGCCUGAAAGUGUUCUUCUGGUAUCU